AUGGGCGGUAUUAGAACAAGUAGGCCCGUUGCUGCAUCCGAUAAUGCCACAUCUCCCCCGGGAGCUUUGGACCCCGUAGCAGCUGAUCCACACCCCGCCUUGAAGUGGGCCUAUAUCAUCACUUCUCCCUUCCGCAGCCAUAUUGGCGUCGCUCUACAAUACCUUAUUCCAAUGCCUGUUCCACCCGACGUCCCCACCCCCAACCCACGGCGGCGCAGACGAGGAGCAACCGCCGCGGUCGUCGCAGCCCCAGUCCAGCAUGUGAUAAUGCCAGUAGCCGUUACAACAAUUCCUGACCAAUGCCAACGCCGCCUCACCAUUUUACUUUGCUCGCCGCCGGCAAUCGUCUGGGUGUCAACUUUAAUUGGAUCAAUCAUCCUGGCUCCGCCGGUUGUACCUGUCGAUCCAACACAUGUUUCUGCCAACGCCGCGAUUGGAGACCCCGAGUUCUGUGUAGUGCACGCUGGUUUAAAGCUCGUUGAAGUUGUUUGCAACGCGAGUUACGAACUCCCUGGUUCUGGCCUCUAG